AUGGUCGAACCAAUCCGCGACGGCAAAGGGUCCAACAUCGUCGGGCCCCGCAACCCCGACCGCGAGCGCCAGAAUCCAGACAUGAUGCGCCCGCCCCAGACCGACUGGGGCACCGUGCUCAACAUGAAGUGGUCCUUCGCCGACUCCCAUAUGCGCCUCGAGGAGGGCGGCUGGGCGCGUGAGGUCACCAUCCGCGAGCUUCCCAUGUCCCGUGAGCUCGCCUCGACCAAUAUGCGCCUGGAGGAGGGCGCCGUGCGCGAUCUCCAUUGGCACAACGACUCGGAGUGGGCGUACAUCCUCGAGGGCCGCGUGCGCAUCACGGGCAUCGACUACGGCGGGCACUACUUUGAGGAAGACGUCGAGCACGGCGACCUCUGGUUCUUCCCUAGAGGCGUGCCUCACUCGCUUCAGGGGCUCGAAGGCGGCUGCGAAUUCCUGCUCAUCUUCGACGACGGCGAAGCGUCCGAAUACAAGGCGUUUCAGCUCACGGACUGGUUUGCGCACACGCCGCGCGACGUGCUCCGCAAGAACUUCAAGGUCUCCGAGGAGACGCUCCAGCACCUCCCCCCGCGCGAAAAGUUCAUAUUCCGCUCGAUUCUCAGCAAGAAGAGCACCGCGGAGGAGACGCAGCCAGGAAGCACGCCGACUGCGCGGCGGAUGACGCACAAGAUGCUCGCGCAGACGCCGAUCAAGACGCCGGGCGGUGAGGUGCGCGUUACGGACAGCUCGAUUUGGCCGAUCACGACCAUCGCUGCAGCGCACGUCCUCAUCAACCCCGGCGCCCUGCGCGAAAUGCACUGGCACCCGUACGCGGACGAGUGGUCGUACUUUAUCCGCGGCAAGGCCAAAGUGACGAUAUUCACCGUGCAAGCGACGCGGACCUUCAACUUCGUCCCAGGCGAUGUCAUGAUCGUCCCAAGCAAUUGUCCGCACUACAUUGAGAACAUCGGCGACGAGCCCAUCGAGAUGAUCGAGGUCUUCAGAUCGCCCAAGUUUGAAGAGUUCUCGGCGAACCAGUAUCUCGCGGUCACUCCGGCGGAUCUCGUCAAGGGCUCCCUCAACGUCGGGGAUGACUUCAUCAAGGCACUCGACAAGGGCCACACGCCCAUCCGCGACGCAUCUAUGCCGUGA